CAGCCGCAGCCCAAGUUCCUAGUUCCGGCAACAACCCCACUUCCUCUUCCGCCUUCGUCCCGGAAAAUGUCCGUCUACAGCCGGAACCUUUUUACGGCAACGUUGAGACCUGCGGAGGGUUCCUGCUUCAAUGCCAACUAAUCUUCCAACAGGCCCCCAGGUAUUAUCAGGCCGAUCACAGCCGCAUAUCUCUGAUUGUUAAUUCACUCCGCAGCAAGGCGCUUCAGUGGGCUCAGGCUUUCCUAGCCACCCAUCCCAUCACACACCUACCUUUCGACCGCUUCAUUGGGGAAUUCCGUCUAGUGUUUGACCAACCCAGAAAGCAGGAAGAAGCCACCCGGCGGUUACUGAGUCUCAAACAAGGUAACCGCCCGCCAGAAGCGGACACCUUUGAAGACCUUGUCGCCGCCUCCUUGAGGUCCGAUGUCCGGUUACGUGAACGCCACGCCGAACAAAAGCGAAUUGGAUCUGGCAGUGCCCUCGGUCCAGCUCCACCUCCAACGGUGUCGGAACAUCUGGCUGCAGACCAGGGCGGCUCUCCUUCGCACUAAGGAGAGCAACUGCCAGAUAGCCAACCGCCACAGGGGGGUGAGUCCCAGUUACCAGCCUGGCCAAAAGGUUUGGUUAUCUGCCCGAAACAUUCCUCUCCAAGCCUCAUCCCGUAAAUUGGCCCCCAAAUUCAUCGGGCCCUACACCAUUGACCGGGUCGUCAAUCCUGCUUGUGUCAGGCUGCGUCUCCCGGCAGCCCUUAAGGUGCAUCCCACGUUCCACGUUUCUCAGGUCAAGCCGGUCACUGAGAGUCCGCUUUGCCCGCCGUCCACUUCCCCGCCACCCGCCCGUACCAUCGACGGCGCCCCCGCCUUUACGGUCAGCAAGAUCCUGGAUGUCCGGCGCCGUGGGCGGGGUGUGCAGUUUCUGGUGGAUUGGGAGGGGUAUGGUCCGGAGGAACGUUCUUGGAUUUCCCGUUCCCUGAUUCUGGACCAUACCCUCAUCGACGACUUCUACCGGGCCCAUCCGGAUCGUCGUCUUGGACCGCCAGGUGGCGGUUGUUGA